AUGGCCGCACCAGCCACCCUUCCAGCACUGCUGGAUUCUUUAACGAAAUCAAUUUCGUCUACACUAGACGCCGCCCCCAAACUGGCUGAUGUCGAACUUCCCAAAGAUGGCAUUUCACUCCUCGAUGUGAAGAACGAACUGCUCCUCUCGUACCUACAGAACCUAGUUUUCCUCAUUCUCCUCAAAUUACGCCAUUCAAAAAACGGAAGCGAAUCUAGUUCAAGCGACGAGGCACAAAACCUGGACGACCUAGUCGUCGCCAAACUUGUCGAAUUAAGAUUGUAUCUCGAGAAAGGCGCACGCCCGCUAGAAGACAAACUUCGUUUCCAAAUCGACAAGGUUCUCCGGGCAGCAGACGACGCGGAACGCAAUGCCAAGGCAGCGGAGGAAGCAUCGAAGGCAAACGGUGGCGGGAGCGAUUCCGAGUCCGACAACGACGACGAAGAUGAGGACGACUCGGAUGAAGACGAAGACGCGGUAGCGACCAACGGGCGGCAAAUCGCCGACCUUCAACACCGCCCCAACCUAAGCGGUUUCCAACGCCCCGCCGUUCCAACCUUCACCGGCAAAGAAACCAACGCAGCGGGCGUCUACCGCCCUCCCAAGAUUGCGCCAGUCUCGAUGCCUACGACAGAACGCCGCGACAGAGCGAGCGGAGACCGCCGACCGAUCAAAUCCGCCACCCUCGACGAGUUCAUCGCGGACGAGAUGUCCACUGCGCCGAUCGCCGAACCGAGUAUCGGCACGACGAUUGUCAACUUCGGUCGCAAGAUCAAGACAGCCUCGGAGCGGCGCAAGGAGGACGAGCGGCGCGAUUACGAAGAGGGUAAUUUUGUGCGCCUGCCGAAGGAGAGCAAGAAGGACAGGGCGAAGCGGGCCAAGUCGGAGGGCGGUGCGCGCCGGAUGAACUUUGGCGGUGAGGAGUGGCGGGAUCUGAGCGAGGGUGUUGAUCGGAUCAGUCGGUUGACACAGGGGAAGACUUCUGGGCGUGGGACUAAGGCGUUGUUAGAGAAGAGUCGGAAGAGGGGUCGCGAUACGGCGGAUGGGCCUCGUGGCAGUGGUGCGGGUAUGGGUGAGCGGUAUGAGAAGCGACUGAAGGUGCUGGAGUCGGGGCGUGGCACGAGAGGAAAGGGUCGGUAA